CGCUCGCAUAUUCUACGCAUCGUCCGUUUCACGAAAUUCAUCCUCCCCGCUCGUCGUCGUCGACGACGCUAUGAAUCGGGAUCCCGGGCGUCGCCGCGUUCUUGGGAUUCAUUCAGUGCCGGACUCUCGGUGAACGGUGACCUGGACGCUGGCCGCGGGGACGCGAGUUUCGGGCAUGGAGCCAGCGUAAAGAGGACUCUUUGGUACGGUUCGCUGACGCGUCACCUGCGAGAACCGCUCUUUCGUCGAGACGUUGGGGAUAGGACUGUCGGAGGAUCGGUCACCGAACAUUACCGAGGCUGAAGGUCUUCCGGGGUCGUUCGUUCGGGGAUUAGGACGUUCGAAGAGGAAACGUUUGCAUCGAUUUUCUUCGCGGCGAUCUUUGGUAGCUGCACAGUAUCUUUAACCAAAGACGCUUAACGGUGAUCAACGGAGAUCCGCGGCUAAAGCCAAAGUCAACUUUGUACUUGAACGAACGAAGCGCACCACGAAUCUCGGUACCCCAAAGACUGAUUCAAAGUAUCGUCUGUACAGAGAGUGUACUUGGAGGAAAAGCAUCCGAUACCAAAAGUAUUAGCCCGUACACGGUGUAGUAUUAUAAGAAAAGCUCUCGGUAUUCCGUUUCUAAUCGAUAAGAAUCACGAUGUUGGAUCGCAACGUGGUGCUGGUGCUCCGCACAAGACAGGACCGCACGGAAAGGCGAUUGAGGCACAGGAAGGAAGCCAAUCCACCGCCGAUGGAGCCUCCGCCGCAGCUUUUGAACAACAACUACCUGUACCUCGAUCUGAACAUGAACUUGAGCGAGAACUGCAAGCAGCAGGCCUACAGCAGGGCGAAGAAGUCGUCGCAGAACAAUGCGCCGAAUGCCGGAGUAGGCGAGAAACGCGAGCACUUGUACAAGAUCCUGGUGAUCGGCGAGCUGGGCGCGGGCAAAACCUCCAUCAUCAAAAGAUACGUUCACCAGUUCUUCUCGCAGCACUACCGCGCGACGAUCGGCGUCGAUUUCGCGUUAAAAGUCUUGAACUGGGACCCGCACACCAUCAUCAGGCUGCAGCUAUGGGACAUCGCAGGUCAAGAAAGGUUCGGCAACAUGACCAGAGUGUACUACAAAGAAGCAGUCGGAGCGUUCAUAGUGUUCGACGUGACGCGGAGUGCUACGCUCGACGCGGUGGUGAAAUGGAAACAGGACCUGGACUCGAAGGUGCAGCUACCCGACGGCUCGCCUAUACCCUGUGUCCUGUUGGCCAACAAAUGUGAUCAGCAGAGAGAGGGGUUGGUCAACUCGCCCCAGAAAAUGGACGAAUAUUGCAAGGAGAAGAACUUUGCAGGCUGGUUCGAAACAUCUGCCAAGGAGAACAUCAAUAUCGAGGAAGCAGCGAGAUUCCUGGUCACCAAGAUACUGCAGAACGACCAGCUGAUGAAAGGUAACGGAUCGCAGUACCAGACCGACGGCGAGCGUUUCGCGUUGAACCAAUCACCGACGAGCACCAAGAAGUCCUGCUCCUGCUGACGAAUCGGCAAGCCACCGAUAGCAGCAGGAUCCGUGAUCGUCGUCCCUUUGUCGCGUUGCCGUCGGUGCCAUGACAUCCUCGUCGCGGCCAUUGGCUCUCGUCUCGAUCGUAUUCUUAGGGGAACAACGCGCCACCGCCACCGCCGCCGCCGUCGAUUCGUCUGUCUCCGGCCUUUUGUACAUACACGCCGCGAGGAAGUCGAUUCAAGAGCUUGAAAGAUCGGGUCUCCGACGUUGACGAAUAUCGCGUAGUAUAGGAUUUCCAGUGCAGCUAUGCCGAGCGUCGUUGAAAUUUCUACCGCGCACGCGUGAGCAAGGGGGAAGGACCGAUGGGCGGGUUUGCCUCUGGCACCGCCCACCGACAGUUCUCGUUGCUCGAUAGUUGAGAUUUUUUAUUCCUCGGAGAGUCUGUACAAUUAAUUGGCCACGAUGCAAUUAGAUAGGUUUAGCUUCGAUAAUGUUUUCUAGUUCCUAUUAACUCCUCGCAGCUUUUCCCGCGGUACUUGUCCCUUAGUCCACACCCCGCCAUCGAUUCUCCCAAGUUCCUCCCACGAGUUCCCGACUUGCUCGGCGAAACUAUAGGAUAAUAGAAUUCGACGAGAAAAGUGGCUGGCACAGUCGACGGAAGAACUUUCCGAAAGGCCGAGGUUCGAAGAAUCGUGAAAGAAUCGUGAAAGAUCCUCUUUGCUCCUACGUAACAUUCCAGCAUUGCGUGAUCCCGGCCGAUAGAAUUUCGUUUCGUCGAUCCAGGACGAAACGCGACGUGUUCCUUCCCUUCAUCUUCCUAUAAUAGAAUCUUUUGUACUUCGAGUCCUCGCCCCCGAGCCAACUCCAUUUGUACGUUGAACCGAAUUUUUAACGAAGAUCGAUCAUCAUCGAUCGACAGUUUUCUAUAUUACUCGACGGACGCUGUCGCGAAACGAAGAAAGUCGAACGGAUGCGAACGAAAAUUGAUAGUUGAAUAUCGAUAGUACGUCACCACUAAGAAAUCAUUAGGUUAUGCGACUCGAACGAACGGAAUCCGUCCGAGCGACGCCCGCGACUCGUCGGUGGCUGUGAUUCAGACAGACAGGAGAAGAAACGCUUUUAUACUCGACAAUCCGGCGGCCCAGCCGACCGUCGACGAGCCGCAAACAUUUCCGCUCCUCGAGCGUUCAACAUAACGACGUUGUUACGUGUUUAACUAAUUCUUAAGUUCACGAACGUUAACGCUUUUGCGGUGCCACGUUGAACCACGUGUCUUCGAAAUUGUCAAUAGGUAUUAUAUAAAUAUAAAUAUAAAUAUAAAUAUAAAUAUAAAUAUAAAGAUA